GCCCGCCGGGGAACCAUGGCGGCGGGGACCUGGGGGCGCCGGGCGGCGGCGCCAAGGGGCUGAGCCGGCCGCGGGCCUCGCCAUGGUGGCGCCGGGUUGCGGUCCCUGAGCGCCGGCGGGGGGCGCGCACCAUGAACUCGUGGGACGCAGGCCUGGCCGGGCUGCUGGUGGGCACGAUGGGCGUCUCGCUGCUGUCCAACGCGCUGGUGCUGCUGUGCCUGCUGCACAGCGCGGACAUCCGCCGCCAGGCGCCGGCGCUCUUCACUCUGAACCUCACGUGCGGCAACCUGCUGUGCACCGUGGUCAACAUGCCGCUCACGCUGGCCGGCGUCGUGGCGCAGAGGCAGCCGGCCGGCGACCGCCUGUGCCGCCUGGCCGCCUUCCUCGACACCUUCCUGACCACUAACUCCAUGCUCAGCAUGGCGGCGCUCAGCAUCGACCGCUGGGUGGCCGUGGUCUUCCCGCUGAGCUACCGGGCCAAGAUGCGCCUCCGCGACGCGGCGCUCAUGGUGGCCUACACGUGGCUGCACGCGCUCGCCUUCCCGGCCGCCGCGCUCGCGCUGUCGUGGCUCGGUUUCCACCAGCUGUAUGCCUCGUGUACGCUGUGCAGCCGGCGGCCCGACGAGCGCCUGCGCUUCGCCGUCUUCACCGGCGCCUUCCACGCGCUCAGCUUCCUGCUGUCCUUUGUCGUGCUCUGCUGCACGUACCUCAAGGUGCUCAAGGUGGCCCGCUUCCACUGCAAGCGCAUCGACGUGAUCACCAUGCAGACGCUAGUGCUGCUCGUGGACAUCCACCCCAGUGUGCGGGAACGGUGUCUGGAGGAACAGAAGCGGAGGCGGCAGCGAGCCACCAAGAAGAUCAGCACCUUCAUAGGGACCUUCCUCGUGUGCUUUGCGCCCUACGUGAUCACCAGGCUGGUGGAGCUCUCCUCCUCUGCACCCAUCGGCUCCCACUGGGGCGUGCUGUCUAAGUGCUUGGCCUACAGCAAGGCCGCGUCUGACCCCUUCGUGUACUCCCUACUGCGACAUCAGUACCGGAAAAGCUGCAAAGAGAUUCUCAACAGGGUCCUCAACAGACGUGCCCUCCACUCCUCUGGCCUCACGGGCGAUCCUCACAGCCAGAACAUCCUGCCCAUCUCUGAGUGAGGCCCUCACUCUCGGGACAGCUCAGGAUGAGGCUGUGGUGAGAAGAGGGGAGGGUGGACUUGGGGCCCCUGGGCAAACACCACCAACCACCAGCCCCUGGGCAAACCUGGUGGCUAUGGUUCCCUGACUCCAGAGCCUACAUCCUUGUUCCUGAAGGGCUGAUGUUGGACUGUCCCUAUUUGUCACCAAAGGAUAACUGUGGGCCCUGCUCUGGCCUUUCUUUCUGAGAUGCUCCUCUGAGCUCCCCGACUCACCGAGGCUCCCCAGGGAACAGCCCUCAGUCGUGUCACUGUCAAGCACAGCGCUGGUGGCAGGUGAAGAAGCCUGGUGUCCACCUGUUCCUUGCCCAUUGGACAUUGGGCUCCAUGCUGAAGUAAAGUGGUGGCCUCCAGGGGACAUUUCAGUCAUACUGAAAGUGACAUUUGGCCUCAGAUUUGAUGUGACACCUCUUCUCCACAGGGUCGUGGUGGCUGCUUUAACCCAAAUAUUCAUCUGGUACUAACUAAACUGUGCUCAGCUGGGACUCUUGGGCUCUGUGCUCAAGGGGAAAAUGUUUAACAACUUGUGGCCACCCCAUUGCUACUGGCCAGUUGUCUUAGAAAUGGUAAAUUCAACUUUUGUCUUUCUCUCCCCCCACCCAAAGCUAAUUUUUGUGUGCGUGGACAAUCUUAGCAUGAAAAUGGUUGAAUUUGGCAGGUAAUACACACACUAGGUUCUUUGAAGUCUGACCAUCUGGUUUACUUGUCCUGACUGCGAUUCAGUAAGACCAGGUGGAAGGGGCUGGUUGGUCUCCCCUUCCCUGUCUGCAACUGGAACUUGCAGGAAGCCUCUCACUUGUCUUGUACAUCUUGUUCAGCAGGUCCUGUGAGAUGGAUGGGCAAGAGCUGGCCUGAGCAAGGGUUUAUGCUCUAUUUUACAACCCUGGGUUCCAUUAUCUUGAUGGCUUCACAUCCUAGUUUCUGUGAUCUGUCAACAGAAAGUAGAGGCUGUCCAAAGUUAUCAAGAGAGUACCCUGUGCUGAAGAGAGAGUGAGGUUUUCAGAGAUGACCAUAGCUGUAACACACGUGCCAAUCCAUUAGCAGCCCCAUCUUGAUUUAAUAAAAGCCAGAGUGAGUGCCCAGGCCAUCUUGGUUUACCAUUUCAAAUUGACUUGUGAGCGCUGAGAGUGCUAUUUCCCAAUCCUCCACCUAAUGUGGUCCGCAGGGUGCAAAGGCUGGGAGCACUUGAAUUAGAUGCUCACUCUCUCCUUCCCGCUCCUACCUCCUACCUCUGGAGGUGUAGAGGGGAAGACCCAGUUCCACACAAAGCCACCGCGUAGAAUCUAUUGUAUUUUUUUUCUGCCAGGCAGCCCUGGACCUAGAGGAAGAGAAGUGUGUGCAUCUCUAUUUGAAAAGAUGCUGUCUUCGUAACUCUGAGCUCCUCCUUUAUAAAACAACUCAGCCUGGCCUGGUCUUGCCUAGUUUCAGAGUUUCCAUGGAGGCAGGACAGGACAGAUGUGACCUCCAGAGAGGCUUUGAUGUCUUCCUGUUGCUGUCAGGGGUGAGUGCUCCCUCCUGCUUGGAAGAGCCUGUGGGGUCUGCCCCUUCCCAAUUCCAUAGUCAGGGAUGCCACGUGGGUGGCUAGAAAUCAGCUGGGAGCUUUCACCCCAGGAAAACCAGGCCUUUUGACACAGAGAGCUGGUUGUUAAACACCUACCAGCAGCACACCACUGCCAGACAUGACCUUGUGCAUUACUCAAAUGACAUUGUUUAGGUUCAGAGCCCAUUUGGCCACUCAAAUUUGAAGCAUGACAGACAUGAGCUUUUGCAGAGUCUUCCUAGUGAGGAGCCACUGUUCACCCCUCACCUUCCCUGGGACUCAGAACAACAUAGUAGGCAGGGUUGAUUCCAACACGGGUAUCUCCCUUCUUACACGAACACCUUUAAAGAUGAGCAAAGAAGAGUCAUGACCCAGUGAUGAGGUCAGUAGACAGUCAAAUUCAAACAGAAAAAUGUAUUUUCACCAAUUUCAGUUUGGAGGAAUAACCCUGGCAGAUCCUCCCCCAGUUUGCUCUGUCCUAUAGAGGUGACAUGUUGGAUGCCUGGUAGCAACUAGCUCUCUUCACCACUUCUUUAGCUAAGAAGCAAAAUCUGUCACCUACAGCACCACACCUUGAAAAGAUGCAUUUUGUCAUUGUCAUUAGACCUCUAAAAACAACCCAUAGAACCAGUUGUGCUGGCGUCAUGCAGACAAAAACUCCAGAUAAGUUCAUGGAUUGGGUGUUUUUAUUAUUAUUCAGACACAGGAAUUAAAACCCAAGGGGAAGUGAAAAGAAAAUUACCAUGUUAGCCGUCAGCAUCAAACAACUCGAGCUCUUCUCUGAUUACCUUUCCGGAAGUGUUAAUACUUCAUCCGUACACAGGCGAUCAGACUUGCCCCCGGCUUUAUUAUUCCCAAUUGAAUUAUCUACCUCAUUUUGGUAAUUUCAUUUAUCACAUGUAACAUUGUUUUCUCAGGUAUAACACAUAGAGACACCAAGAUUUUCAGCAUCUAAGUCAAAGCGCCCAGCCCAAACUCUGAACAGUUGGACUCGGUGAAAACAUUUAAGAAGCUUGAAAAUCAAGCUGGUAAAAAGGAGGCGUUCACAUCCCUAAAUCACAGGCAGGGCUCGGUUCCUAGUCCUGCACAAUCAGAAUUUGCCUUUUUAACCAUCCUGCAACUAUUCUAGUUCUUCUUUAGCCCACUUCCUGAAGAAGCGGAUUUUGGAGCCCUGGGCCCCCUGAAGGAACAGGCUGCUGUUCCUUGCAUUUGGGG